UCGGGGGCUGCGAGACAGGGAUCGAUUAGUGAGCAUCCUAUGUCGACGAGGAAGGGCUCGAAGCAGCAGCAGCAUCGUUAAGGUGUGAUGGUAAUGAGGUUAAUGAUACUAUGAUGAUAGACACUCUGAUAUGUGUCCUUUGUGCCGUGCGCGUUACGUUUCGAUUUGUCGCCCUCUCGCUCUUACUGUAAAGUAUCAAUGACGCGGCUGAGCUUUUGCGCACUCAAGUCUACACCACCCUGGCCUCCAUAUUAUUACAACGUUAAAAUCUCACAAUCCCAUGCUCCCAGAUCACUUGCACAUUUAAUGUCAAACCGGCCCAAAAGAGGGCAAGCCGCACCCGCACCUCGAUACCUCCACCCAGACGAAAACGUCCAGUACUGCAUCACGUGCGGCAGACUCAUAGGUAGUCGCAAAAUCCGCAAUGCGAAUACAAGCCUGACACAAGUCAAAUACUGCUCGGACAAAUGCAAGCGCAACAAACCGGCUGUCCGGCGGAGUGAUGGCAAUAGCAGCAACGACAGCAACAGCGGCAACUUUGACGCCCUAAUCGAGUCGGUUUUGCUGGGUUUGUUGGGAGGGGAUGACUCGGUCCAUCUCGUGCGUAUGAGCGAGCUCGAGCAGGCUGUGCUGGCUCGACGCACGAAUGGCGACGUGCACAUCGUCGCCGAGAACAUACCCGCCAGGACUUACAACAUUGACGAUGAUGAGAAUGACGAUUCGAUCCAGGACGAUACGGAAGACGGUGGUGUUCGGCUUGAUCAGCCGGCGGCGACACACCCGCAGCGCGAAGGUCAGGAGCGGGCGAAUGUGCGAGAAGUUAUCAGGGGUGCAGCUCGACGGGCCGUUGUCUUUGGUUUGCCUUCUUCCUCGGACAAUGAGACGCGGCGGAAAUGUGAGGCGGUUGUGGAUGGGAAGGUGGUAGAGCCGAGUUUUGCAAAGGGGGACUGGGGCAUUCGGUGGCGGGAAGGGUCGUGAUGUUGCUGAAGUGGGCAUUGUAAGACGAAGGAAUGGAGUGGGAACGGCAGUUAGCGGCAAGUCCGACGAGCGUGUAGAUUAGAAGAUGCUAUGCCAGUAAUAAUCGGAUCGCCCUGCA